AUGGCACCGAAAACAUCAAAAAACCGUCCACCCAUUCCAAAUCCGUUCGGCGUGGAUUAUUCGCCAACCGAUCGCGCAACGUGCAAGGGCUGUCUAGGCCGCAUUGGCGAUGGGUCCAUUCGGUUCCUUCGGAAAGUCUGGAGUCCGUGGCACGACGGCUUCGACGUGCAGAAAUUUCACCUCCGAUGCAGCGCCACCUACGACCCGCAACUCUCCGAAAUCAAAGGCUGGCAAGCUCUGCGCUGGGACGAUGUCAUCAAGGUUGCGGCGAAAUUCGGCGGCAGAGUGAAGGAAAACCAUCCCCUGGUUCAGGAGCACAAGCGGCGCUCCGAGGGCGUCUGGCGACUCAUCGAUGCCCUGAAGGAGGUGCCGAAAAAGCAGUUGCUGGCCAUUCUCGACGCGAACGAGAUUUUCUACAAUGAAAAGAAGAUAUCGGCGCUCGAGGCGGCGCAGAUCAUCGCCGACGGUGUGCUCUUCGGCCUUCUGCCCAAGUGUCCUCUCUGCAGCACGCGUGCGCUCAUUCAGGAUGGAACCGACAUCCGGUGCCGGGGCUACAUGCCAAAUUCAGCGAUGCGCUGCUCCUUCCGCUUCGCCCUCGCGGAUCUUAUAAAGCCCGAGACGCCCCCAGACAACAGCGCGACUGGUGUGGAGGAAUCGGCUCUCAGUCGCACGGAACUGUUUGCGUUGCCUAUCGAGGCUCAGCGCAUGCCUGUGUUCCGUCAGUGGAAACCGCCGAAGGAUAUUCCUGGCGCAUUCAAGCUCGGCAACCCUGUCGGCCAACCACCUAAGAAGGGUCAUGUAAAGUAUGACAGUGAAGAGGAAGGCGACAUUCCGAAGAAGGCGGAACUGACCGGAUUGAAAUUCACAUGCAUUGGAUCUACAAACCCUCCUCGGCCUGCACUGGCGAAGUUGGUUGCGUCCCACGGCGGCGUCUUCCAAGAAAGCCUCGAAAAAGACACCGAUCUCCUCCUCGUCAGCGACGACGACUGGGCUGCAGCCAAAUCUUCGCAGCGUUACCGAGAUGCGCAAGUUGCAGGCGUCGCCAUUGUGCGGUGCAGCUUCGUGCCUGCGCUUCUCUCCCGGAAGAACGUGAAGCCGAAGGUGACGCUUUCCGAGGCCAAGAAGGUUCUGCGCAAAGCGGAGACGUUUGCGCAAGUCUCAGACAUUAUGCCCAAGCGAAAGUAUGCCGCGUACUACCUCGUCGAGGGCGACCUUCUGAAGCCUUUCCCGAAUGUGUCGGAGACUCUGAGGCUUCAGACCGAGGCCGAGGCGCUCACAAAGGCGAAAAUGAAUGUCAAGCGCCCUCCCAUCAAGGCGGGCUCCGCUCUGUUGAAGGUUGACCCUCUCUUCAGCAUGAAAGGCGGGAAGAUCUACGUCGACAAGCAGCGCAACGCGUACAACGCGUCCACGCAAUUCACCGACAUCUCGACAGGAAUCAACAAAUACUACAACUUGCAGGUGAUACAGACAAACACGACUUUUCACUUUUUUACGCGGUGGGGUCGGCUCGGAGCGGACGACAAAGUGACGAACGACUACCGACAAUACAGCCACGGGCAGAGCCUCAAGAGCGCAAUCCAAGCCUUCGAAUCAAAGUUCUUCGGCCUGACAGGCAUCGCGUUCGCCGAUCGCUUUGACUCUCCGCAGCAGCCUGGGAGAUAUGCUAUCGUGGAACUCGAAGGAUAUGCGCAUGACGAGGCAGACUCUGCGACGAAGGAAGAGGUGAAGAAGGAGGAAGUUAAGGACGAGGGCGAAUUCCCGGUGAAGCGGGAAAAGCGAGGGCAGGACGGAGAGCCAAGUGAUGAUGAGAGGAAGAAGAAGAAAGUGAAAAAGCAGCAUUCGCCGAGCAGCGUCAAAGUCGAAACCGAGAGCGCUCUCCCGGCCGCCGUCCAGGAUUUGGUUCAGCUCGUCUUCGACCGGGGAAUGGCUGCUCGAGCGUUGACGGAGCAACAUCUGAAUCUGGAGAGAAUGCCAAUCGAAAGUAUUUCUAAGCGGCAACUGAGUGAAGGCUACGCUAUCCUUCAGGAGCUGCAAACCCUCCUGCAAGAAGCGGCGGAGAAGCGCACGACGCAGAUUUUCACAGUUCGUCUCGCCGACGCAACCAAUCGCUUCUACAACAAAAUUCCUCAUGUGUUUGCGCGGAACGCCGUCCCUCCCGUUAUCGACUCCCUGGCGAAACUCCGCGCCAAGGUCGAAAUCAUGGAGCAACUUCUCGACGUGUCUGUGGCGAAUUCGCUGUUGGACGGCGCCAUGAAGAACGCAAAGGACAAGCACCCCAUCGAUGCGCAGUACGACCAGCUGAAGUGCGACCUCGAGACCAACUGGGCCAGCAUUUUGUCUCAAGGGCUCAAGAUCGCUCCUGCGGAGGCUCCAUCGUCAGGGUACAUGUUCGACAAAGGUGUCUACUUUGCAGAUCUCGCAAGCAAAUCCUCUCAGUACUGUUUUGCGACAUCCAAGAAUCCCGAGGGCAUUUUGCUUCUUUGUGAAGUCGCUCUGGGAAAGCCGUACGUCCGACUCGAGGCCGACUACGAAGCGGCGAAGCACUGCGAAGAAAAAGGACUGCAGAGCUUGUUUGGAGUUGGGAAAUCCUGUCCUAACCCGAAAGACGAGGUUGAACUUCCUUCGGCUGUCGACGAGGAGAAAGUGAAAGCGCGCACAGGGCGAUGCACCGCCAACAAGCAGGCGCUAGAAGAGGCAAAGAAGGACGAGGCUGCGGGCGCUGACGCCGCUCUCUUGUACAACGAAUACGUCGUCUAUAACCCGAACCAAGUGAUUAUGCGUUAUGUGCUGCGCGUCAAAUUCGAAUUUGCUUCGUUUGAUUUGGACGACGAACUCUAG